AUGCCGCAAACUUUGCCCUCUCAUAGGCGGAAAUCUACAACCUCAACGUCCACAGCAGGGUCUGGCGCCUCUUCUGCGUCAUCUCGGAAACGAAAGACGACAGCUUCGACAACUCCAGCGAGUCCACCGCCAAACAGCAGCAAGCGUAUAAAUAUAAAGACAGAAACGAGUGCUCCGACCGAGCCUAAGGUGGCGAAGUCGGUGGGCAAGGUGUCAGACUCAAUCUACGAUACCAUCAUCGACUUCAAGAUUGGCGAGAGUCUCACUAGCUUUGGCAUUCAUCGUGGACUUCUCUGGCGUACGUCGUCGUUCUUCAAAGAGAAGCUCUCUAUUAGCGAGACAACGGAGGGCGGCAUCGCUGCCCGAAGUAUUUUCAUGAAGAACGAAGAUCCAGACGUCUUUCGCCGUUUUACAACAUGGCUCUAUUCCAAAACCGUCAUUUUAGAAUCAGAGAACUACAAGACUCUACCUUAG